UAAGCCUAUGAUCUGUUAAGAAAGUUAUUGUUCAAACUUUAAAGGAGAACAAGAAGAAAAAAUCAAAGGACAAAGCAGCUUCUAAGAAAUCGAAGCACAACAUGGAGGAGAAAAAUAUUGCUGGUAGCAAGACAAACAAAAGAGAGCCAGACAAUAAGUCGGUUACUCUUCCGUCAUUUGAUGAGUUUUUUAUCAAGGAAUUUAAAUUGAUUGGGACUCAGCUAAUAUUUUGUAUAACAAGCUUGUACACCCACAUGCCUACAUCUUUCAUUCCAGUGGAGGUAGCAAAGAAUAUGAAAAGGGUUUCUGGCAUGCUACAAGCUCUUGGAUCUUUGAUACAUAAGGUCACUUCUGCUAAUGAAGGGCUAAGAGAAGUCAUCUAUGGAAUUGAAACUGCAGAAAGAAGGAAAAGACGCUUCAUUGAAUUGCGAAGGCCUAGAAUGGGAUGCCUGCAAAACCUGAAACAUCUUCAAGAAAAAAUCUCUCUUCCAAGCUUCUCUGAAGAUUAUCAAAUUAGAAGCUUCUGUUUACAGACAUCUUUCUUGGUCUUUUGUACUGCUUCAACCUCAGCUAAGUUGCAUGUGGAAGGAAUAGCACCGCUGGAAUUAUUGGUCAUUGAUGAAGCUGCACAGUUGAAGGAAUGCGAGUCCGCUAUACCCCUUCAGAUACCUGGUAUCCGCCAUGCUAUACUUAUUGGAGAUGAGAAACAACUACCAGCAAUGGUUCAAAGCCAGAUAUGUGAGAAGGCCAACUUUGGAAGAAGCUUAUUUGAAAGGCUAGUGAUGUUAGGACAUCAAAAGCACCUUCUCAAUGUCCAGUACAGGAUGCAUCCAUCGAUCAGCUUAUUUCCAAAUAGGGAGUUCUAUGCAAAGCUAAUAAUGGAUGGUCCCAAUGUGAAGGAUGGAAAAUACAAGAAGCACUUCCUGGAAGGGUCCAUUUUUGGAUCAUACUCAUUCAUUGACAUCAACCCUGGUAAAGAGCAGUUUGAUGACAAGCAUAGUAGGAAAAAUCUCGUGGAGGUUUAUGUAGUUGCCGAGAUCAUUGCUAACCUUCAUAAAAGGUCUCUCAUUUCAAAGCAGAAGCUCCGUGUUGGCUGCAUAUCACCCUACAAAGCUCAAGUUUCUGCAAUUCAGGAAAAACUUGGCCAGAAAUAUAGUACGGACACAGGCAGUGACUUCUCUGUUAAUGUUCGUUCUGUCGAUGGAUUUCAAGGAGGGGAAGAAGAUGUAAUAAUUAUUUCAACAGUGCGGUGUAAUGGGGGUGGAUCAGUUGGCUUCCUUUCCAACCAUCAAAGGACUAAUGUGGCUCUCACUCGAGCGAGGCACUGCCUUUGGAUACUGGGAAAUAGUGCAACCCUCGUGAAUAGUCACUCCAUUUGGAAGAAACUAGUAUUGGACACAAAGGCUCGGGGUUGUUUCCAUAAUGCUAGAGAUAGCAAGAUCUUGGUUCAAGCAAUUUCUUCUGCCUUAAUUGAGUUAGGCCAAUUUGAUAACCUACUCAGUACCGACUCAGUGCUGUUCAAAACAGCGAGGUGGAAAGUAUGUCUCAGUUGUCAUACUAAAGUAAUAACUUGGUUUGCUUCAGCGAUGAUUUUUCAAAAUCACUUGCAAGAAUUCGGGAUCCUGAGAUCUGCAAGGAAGUUCUUUCUCUUCUAGUGAAGCUUCCGAGCGGCUGGCGCCAGCCUCCAAGUGACACUAGUAGAAUUGAGUAGGUUAUCUACCACAGGAAAAAUCUCACAUCAUGGCGAGGUUCCAGUACAAGGGCACCGUACCGAAACACAUCACAUCCCAAUAUUUUUCCGCUACACCUUCUCUACUUUGAUUAUUGAUACGUUAUCUUGGUCAAGAUUAAUGGUACUUCUUCCCUGUUGUUGGAGAUGUAUGAUGUGAAGGGUCUGAAACUGAUGUGGACAGUCGGCAUCCAGAAGUUCAUUUCAAUUGACAUGCAAGUUAUAAAAGUUUGGGAUAUUUUGGCAGACUCGGAGAUACCAAACUUGGCAAAGCAACUUGACAAGAUAUUUGGAAGCUACACACUGAACACUGUGAAUCGUUGCAAAGUCAAACGGAUGGAAGGGAAUUUAGUAGUUCCAGCUACGUGGCCAUCGGAAUCAAAAUCUGUUACUGGUGAUGAUCCAAGUGAACACUUGGCAAGUAAACUUGCCCGAAUCAGUCUAAGGGAUGAGCCAAGACCAUCUACAAGGAGUUACAGCAGUGCGCUAACUCACGGGAAGCACCACAAGAAGUGGAAGAAGUCACAGAAGUGAAAAUUGGAGUGAGACAAGAUCACUGAAGAUUCUUCUUGCGUAGUCUAUGCAAAAGUUGAAAUCAAUGAUUUAUGGGUAGGAAUUUUAUCAGUAUGUAUUGAUGAGUUAGGAAGGUACCAUAUUUGCAGUAGAUUAAAUUUACCUGAAACCAUGUGUAAGAAAUUCAGGGAAACUUGACUUGGCUGGGGAAAUUUUUACGAGAACAAGCUGUAAAUUAAAGGAUGGUGCUGUCCUCUUGAAACUCCAGAAUGUUAUUGGGUGUCUUCGGUUUCACUUCUGUAAGCAGUGCUGAACCCUCAUUAUGCUUGUCAUGGUAU